UGUAGUGCAAGUAUUACUCAUAAGUGAAAAUCAGAAAGUUAACAGCUGGAACAAUAUGGAGAAGGGUAUGGAGAAACUGAACAUGGGUUCACUCACCACCGGUGAAGCACCCUACCCUCUUCAGACAAAGGUUUCAUCAAUCACCCCUGGUGAAGCACCCUCAAGUUGGAAGUCUGUGAACAUUGAUAAAUUGUUGACGGAUGAAGGAUAUGAUGAAACCAGCGCUGAUGAAUUUUACUGGUGGAAUGUUGUGGACAAACUGAACACACAAACACCGAUGGCAGUGAUACCGGACACAAAGAGAAAGACUUGGAAGACAAUUCGUUUAUUUGUCAGCAGUACUUUUAAAGACAUGAAUUCUGAGAGAGAACAUUUGGUGAAGCAAAUAUUCCCGCAGCUUCGUCAGUGGUGUGAGGGGAGAAAACUCCGGUUGAUAGAGUGUGACCUGCGCUGGGGAAUCCCCAAAGACUCUGACACCAGCAAAACCCUCAUUGGUUGCUUGUCUCAGAUUGACAGAUGUCGUGAGGAGAAUGAGUGUCCGUACUUCCUGUGCAUGUUGUCAGAAAGGUAUGGCUGGUGUCCGCAGCCUACAGAGGUGCCAGAUCACAUCAAAACCAGGUACAAGUGGAUGCCAGGCAUAUCUGUAACAUCACUAGAGAUCCUCACCGGGGCCUACUGGGAUCACAACCCGAACGUAAGUGUAGAAGUCUUCUUAGAAGGUCAAAAUUGCAAGAAUCAGGGGAUUCCUGUGACAGGUUUUGGAAAUAGACACAUUUCAUCCAAGUGUUAUGGCACGACAGUGAGAUAA